AUGAGUGUUUCCGAUCCCGAGUGGGCUAAAAAAGCCAGGAAGGAUUCGAAAUCGAAAAGUGCGAUAAUCGGCAGACAGAAAGAGCAUUCGGAAACAAAACCGAACUUGAAACCGAAGCCCGAGUGGAAGGCGACGGCCCUUCGGAAGAAAGACGCGACCACAGCCACAACGACACAGCCUGACUAUUGGAAAGAGGCGAGGCCAGAUUGGGCUAAGGGGAAGAGUCCAGUCGGCGAGAAGCCCAAAAUACCAGACAAGCCAAAACCAAAGACAAAAGACUACUGGGAAGAGGCACGGCCAGACUGGACCAAAGGAAAACGAUCUGUGGCGAAGCCAAGUGCUGAAGAUCUCAAAAAAGUCGAAGAAAAGAAGAAGUAUGGUUAUCCUACUCCAGAGUGGGCCACUCGAGUGCGGGGUAAAGACAAGGUCUCAGACGAAAAAGACGGUAAGAAAGGUCUUUUAAAAGCUGAGUUGGAGGGCAUUUUUGGGAAACCAAAGCCGAAUGUGAAAAGACGCCAUUCCUCCGAAGACAUCGCUGAAAGCUAUCGUGCGAACAUACGAAAAUUUGCCGACCAUCGUAUGAGCCUAAGAGUGAAAACGAGACAUCGACCAUCGUCCAAUCCCGUCAGGCAACUGUUAUCACGUGACGAUGUCAGGAGUGAGCUGUAAGAGAAAGGAAAGAAAUCUCAAGGAGCACAAAAACGUUCGGUUUGAUCCAAGCACAAUCACCUAAAUACUAGCCAUACUCCAAGAUGAAUACCUUUCGGAGGAACAGGUCUCCUUUGAGGAAGCAGUUGCUAAGCAACGUAACGUAUUCUCAUUGCGAGCAUCUUUCUCUUUGCCAGUCUUCCUCGGUUAUGAGAAACGAUGACGAGAUGGGGAAGAGAAUUGCGUGAUUAUCUUUUUAAAGAAUAAAUGUCUCUAGCCAUGCUAGCUGACAUAAUUUGCAGCAGUUAUUUAUUAUAUUCAUUUUUGCGUCAUUUUGACCAUAUAUGGUCAAGAGAACACGUCAAUUAUGAGAACCAAUUGUAGUGUUGUAUAUAUGCCAUUCCGGAGUUAAAUAAAAAGAAAAACGUUGUAUGAUGAAAUAUCCCUUCUUCAAUGGUUUUAAAGAUAUUAUUCGCAGACACUGAAUAAAGUGAA